AUGUCAACAGAGCCCUUGGACGAAAUCCAAUGGAAAUCGCCUGAGUGGAUUCAACAAUUUGGUCUUCACACGGGCAACGUGCUUGAUUAUUUUGCUGAAUCACCGUUUUAUGAUCGGACAUCUAACAACCAAGUCCUACGAAUGCAGUUCCAGUUUCAACAAAUACCGCCAAACAUUCAUCCGCAGAAAUACCUCCAAAACAAACUUACAGAGAUGGUUGGGACAGAAUUUGUGGUGGCCUAUGUGAGGGAACCGGACUUUUGGAUUGUGCGUAAACAAAGACGCCUUGACCCCAAUACUGCUUUGACCGAACAAGACUACUACAUUAUUGGUGCCAACGUUUACCAAAGUCCCAAAAUUUAUGAUAUUUUGUCGUCCCGCAUGCUUUCGACCGUAUUAUCUAUUAAAAAGUCGAUCGACUUGCUUAACAACAUGUACAACUUCAGUAUCAGUGACGGAGGCCAUACUUACCCCACCAGCGAAAGCGACUCUGCUACAAACGGGCCAAGAACAGUUUCUGGUGCCGUAAGUGCUGGCAGUGGAAGCACCCCAAUGACAACAUCAAACCCAGGAACCGCUGCGCAUACUGGAGGAAACGGACUUGAACUGGCCGCCACUAUGGGGAACGCAGUUGCGGUUAAUAGCGAGAUACUGUCUAGUGCUUUUGACAGCUUAUUGUCCAGCGUUAUGGCUUCGGCCAGCAGUGAAAAGAGCAUUUAUAUAGAUGACAUCCCACUUUAUGGGAAGGGAAGCACCGUGGAGCAACUAGGAUCGAAGUUAAACCUUCAAGACGAUACAGACUAG